AUGUCUACCAGCACUAGCAAACCCUUUGGAGGUGGUAGAACAGGAGAUAGGAUAGUACCCAAAGCUUCGGGAGCAAAGGAGAAAAUUCCACUGAGCACUCAUCUUAUAGCGGGAGGAGUGGCAGGUCUGGCGGAGGCUUUAGUAUGCCAUCCACUCGACACGAUCAAAGUGCGGAUGCAACUCUCCCGGUCACGAAAAGCCAAGGGUCUCAAGCCCCUUGGAUUCUUCGCAACUGGAAGACAGAUCGCAGCUCGAGAAACCCCCUUAGGGUUGUAUAAAGGUCUCGGAGCGGUCAUUUCGGGUAUCGUACCCAAGAUGGCUAUUCGUUUUGCUUCAUUUGAAUUCUACAAAGGGUGGUUAUCCGACCCAGAUGGAAAGAUCUCACCUGGCUCGACAUUCCUCUCUGGUUUAGGAGCAGGUGCGACAGAAGCUGUGGCAGUUGUCACUCCUAUGGAAGUUGUCAAGAUUCGGUUACAAGCACAACAACAUUCUCUGGCGGAUCCAUUGGAUAUCCCUCGAUAUAGAAACGCGGCACAUGCAGUCUUCACCAUCGUUCGGGAAGAAGGAAUAGCCACGUUGUAUAGAGGAGUCGCUUUGACUGCUUUACGUCAAGCUACCAAUCAAGGGGUCAACUUCACGGCAUAUCAACAAUUCAAGAAAUGGGCUUUAACAUAUCAACCAACUUAUUCUGAAAAAGGGAAUUUGCCAAGUUGGCAAACUAUGAUAAUCGGAUUGAUAUCUGGUGCUAUGGGACCUUUUUCCAAUGCUCCUAUCGAUACUAUCAAAACACGUAUACAAAAAGCAUCAAAAGUUCCUGGUGAAACUUCAUUAUCUCGAUUCAUGACGGUAACCUCUGAUUUGUUCAAGAAUGAAGGUUUCAGUGCUUUUUACAAAGGUAUCACACCUCGUGUUUUACGAGUCGCCCCUGGUCAAGCUAUCGUCUUUACUGUAUAUGAAAGAGUCAAAAGAAUUAUUGAUAGUGCUAAAAGUUCAUCUCUCGGAGCGGAAUAUGACGAGUGA